AACACUUGGUUGCGCAUGCGUACUGUGUGAACAAGGAAGUAGGUGUGUGGUCAUGUACAGAAGAUGAGCGAAAUAAUCUGUUAUGAAAAAGGGUAUUUGGCGUUCAUGUGCUCUUAAAUGGACAAUAUCUAUUGAGAAUGGAUUCUUGACAAUUUAUACAGAGUGUAGUAUUCUAUGAGUGGAUUGUAAGAGGUAAGUAGUGCGCGACAAUGAUGUCCGAAUGCGACGCGACAGAGACCGGCGAAGCCGCGUUGGACACCGAGACAACUGCGGUUUCUCCACCGGAGUCCAAGUUCUCCACCGUACGUCGUCCCAGAGUGUUAUUUGACAAGAGCACAGUGGGCUCGGGGCUUCAGGCUAACCCCGGUGUUGCCGUUCGAAUUUCGGACUCGUGUGAAAGCGUCUUGACCGAGCUUGAGGCGGAAGGCUCCGGUGAAGACGCAUUGCUGUUGCCGUGCUUUACUGGAAGCUCGUCCCCGCUGAGAAGUGCUCGAGACAAGAACUGGCGGAAGAGAGACAGCUCGUCGUCGGAUAAAGAUACUUUAGCCUCGCCAGGUGUCAACAGUGGGGACUUCAACCUUUUCCCAGAUGAUCCUGAGUUUGCAGAUAUUAUGCAAAGGGCAGAACAAGCAAUUGAGGGUGGAGUCUGUCCAGAGAGGAUUUCUCAGGGCUCCAGUGGAAGUUACUUUGUCAAAGACCCAAAAGGGAAAGUCAUCGGUGUUUUCAAACCAAAGUCAGAGGAACCGUAUGGUCACCUGAAUCCCAAAUGGACCAAAUAUUUUCACAAACUCUGCUGUCCAUGUUGUUUUGGGCGAGGCUGCUUGUUGCCUAACCAGGGUUACCUCUCAGAGGCUGCUGCUUCGCUAGUUGAUAGCAAACUUGGCCUGGGUGUGGUGCCAAAAACUAAGGUGGUGUAUUUGGCCAGUGAGACCUUUCAUUACAGUGCCAUCGACAGAGCCAAAUCCAGAGGGAAGAAGUACGCUUUAGAGAAAGUGCCCAAAGUGGGACGACGCUUCCACAGAGUGGGCCUGCCACCGAAGGUGGGCUCAUUUCAAUUGUUCGUGGAGGGUUAUCGUGAGGCUGACCAUUGGCUGAGACACUUUGAGGCAGAGCCUCUGCCAGAGAACAUCAGAAAGCAGCUACAAUCACAAUUUGAGCGGCUGGUGGUGCUCGAUUAUGUAAUCCGAAACACAGAUAGAGGAAACGACAACUGGUUGAUCAAAUAUGAGAAGCCAGGCGAGAGUGAGGCAUCAAAGGAUACAGAAUGGACAAAGAACAGUUCCGAGCCUUGCAUCAAGAUUGCAGCCAUUGACAACGGCCUGGCCUUUCCCUUCAAACACCCUGAUGAAUGGAGAGCCUACCCCUUUCACUGGGCUUGGCUCCCCCAGGCCAAGGUGGCUUUCUCCCAGGAGACCAGAGAACUGGUGUUGUCCCGCCUCUCUGAUAUGAACUUUGUCCAGGACCUCAGUGAGGACCUUUAUGAGAUGUUCAUGACAGACAAAGGCUUUGACAAGACCAUGUUUGAGAAACAGAUGUCGGUCAUGAGGGGCCAGGUGUUGAAUCUCACCCAGGCACUUAAGGAUGGGAAGAGCCCUCUACAGUUGGUGCAGAUGCCCCGCGUGGUGGUGGAGCGCAGCCAGUCUGGUGGCCAGGGCCGUGUGGUCACCCUGGGCAACGCCUUCACUCAGACUUUCCACUGCAAGAGACCAUUUUUCUCCUCUUGGUAGAGAGGCAACAUCAGCUGCUUUUGUUUUUUUUGGUUUGAAGGCAGAAAGUGGGAAAGCAGGGAUUCUUCCUGUAAGUUGUUGAUAUUUAACCGAGUGAGGGAAUGUUUUGAAAGAGAAGUAGGGUAUAGAAUGUUUUUUUUCCCUAAAGCUUGUUCCUAUCUUAAGUGAUGGCAGUGUAUGAUCAAAAUAUGACAGCUGGAGAGGAUGGCAUUCAGUCAGUAUCUCUCAAGACAGAUUGGGGUUAUAUUGGGUUGUCAUGGGACUUGAUUGGAUAAUUCGCGUAAAUGGGGUUUAUUGUUAAUACACUUUUUUUUUCUUUUUGUACAAUUUUUGCAUUCAUUCACAAUUAUACACUAUUCACGGGUUCUAUACCAGUGGUUCAGAUGACUAAAAAUAACAGGUACAACACCUCUGUGGUCCACUGUUGUUUGACAUUCAAAUGAAAUAUUGCUCCAUAAAGUGUAUUUCUAGAAGAAAAUCCAAAGUCACUUUGCGUUGUAGGGUACUCACUGAAAUAUGAGAAUUGUAUGAUUAUUUCCACUAAAGUUGAUGAACCCAG